AACAACAACAACAGCCAGCAGCAGCAAGGAGAGGCGGGCCUGAUGGGUGCUCAUGCGCAGUAUAUCAAAGGCGUCGGAGAGGCAACCAUUGGCAGUAUCAGCGGCUCGCAAGCCUGGUCCGCAUCGGGAGCACAGGAUAAAGCAGCCGCCCUCGAAGCCCUGAAAAAGGCCGGUGAAAAGAGGGAUCCCAACCAGGGAUAUGGAAAGGCCGAAGAGUGGGCUGGAAAGUUGACUGGGUGCGAGGGUAUGCAGAAGGAGGGCGCGGCAAGUUCGCAUAAGAGGAACGACUGA